UCCGAGUGCCCACGCUGCCUUCACUUCCACGCAAUUCCUCAACCCCUUUCUCUGAGCAACAAGUUUUGCAGCAAGUGAACGCCUCACUGCAGGAAAAAAAAGGUUGCACGUCAUUGAAGCUGCACCGGUUAUUCCAAUGGAGCUGGAGGGGGAGAGAGGAGCAUCCGCGGGGAACAUGGACACCAAAGUGGACCCACGGAAAAGGAGUCGUGCAGCAGAGGCGGCCCUGAGCGCCAUCCCGUCGGUGUGCUCCGUGGCGUCCGUCGCCUUCUGCAUCGUGCUCAGCAUCCACGCCGCCGACGUCAGGCGCCGGCUGGUGGGCUUGGAGCAUGGCGCGGACACCUUUACGCGCGCCCCUGCUGAUCUGGACGCAUUGAUUGAGCAGAAACUCAACCAGAUGUUCACCCAGCGUUCUUAUGAGCAAUUUGCCAAGAUCAGGACGGCCAGACAAGCAUCACCUGAAUGCAACUGCCCUCCAGGACCUCCAGGGAAGAGAGGAAGGCGUGGCCGCAAUGGAGACCCUGGACCUCCUGGUCCUCCAGGCCCAAAGGGUGAAAAGGGGGAUCAAGGCGACCAGGGACCACGGAUGGUGUUCCCUAAGAUCAAUCAUGGCUUUCUUUCCGCUGACCAGCAGCUCAUAAAGCGCCGUCUUAUCAAGGGGGAUCAGGGGCAAGCGGGACCACCUGGGCCUCCGGGGCCACCGGGUCCCCCUGGCCCACGAGGGCCCCCUGGAGACACAGGCAAGGAUGGGCCAAGGGGCAUUCAAGGCCAACCAGGUGAUCAAGGGCAGCCAGGUGAAAAAGGACCUAUGGGACCUGAGGGGCCUCAAGGACUCAAGGGUUCACUGGGGCCUCCUGGUAUUCCAGGUGUUGAUGGACUGAAGGGGGAUCUUGGCAUCCCAGGACUGGAUGGCAUCCCCGGAGCCAAGGGUGAAAUGGGAGAGCGGGGUGAAAAGGGCGACAUGGGUGAAGAAGGACCAAAAGGUGAAAUUGGAGAGAAGGGAGAUGCUGGGUCCUCCGCAGCAGGCAUCAAGGGUGAACCUGGAGAACCUGGAAGAAGUGGACAAAAGGGAGAGCCAGGACUUCCAGGGCUGCCUGGACUACCAGGAAUAAAGGGGGAGCCAGGAUUCCUUGGCCCCCAGGGAGAGCCAGGUCUCCCGGGCCUGCCAGGAACCAAGGGCGAGAGAGGCGAGCACGGGCCACCUGGAAAAGGUGAACAAGGAGAUAUCGGGCCUGUGGGGCCAAAGGGUUCACAGGGAGAGACAGGUACACCUGGUCUUAAAGGGUCAAAGGGCGAGACUGGCGAUAAAGGAGAUUAUGGGCCUGUCGGGCCUAAGGGCCCACCGGGACAAAAAGGAGACCAAGGGACCACAGAAAUCAUCGACUACAAUGGGAAUAUUCAGGAAGCUUUACAGAAGAUUACCACUGUCACAGUGACGGGUCCACCAGGUCCUCCUGGGCCUUUAGGACCGCAGGGUAUCAAGGGGGACCGUGGCAUGCCUGGCCUCCCUGGACUAGAUGGCGAAAGAGGCUAUAAAGGCUCCAAGGGAGACAUGGGAAUGCCCGGAGCGUCUGGAGACAAAGGAGCGACCGGUUUACCUGGAUUACCUGGUGUCAAUGGUGUGAAGGGAGACAAGGGAGAUCCAGGUCUGCCCGGCCCUCAAGGCUCCUCAAUUAUUGGCACACCAGGGGCACCAGGACCACAUGGGCCUCCUGGACCUAUGGGACCCCAUGGUUUCCCCGGACCAAAGGGGGAAGCUGGUUUGCAUGGUGCCAAGGGUGCACGUGGGGAGCCCGGCCACAAGGGUGACAGAGGACCAUUAGGCCUCCCUGGCACUGACGGGCCUUCGGGUCCAGCUGGUCCGGCCGGCCCAAAGGGGGACAGAGGGGAGCAGGGAGCACUGGGUGAGCCUGGACCAAGGGGGCCAUACGGAUUACCUGGAGCAGCAGGAACGCCGGGCUUGGAUGGGUUACCAGGUUUAACAGGAGAGAAAGGCGACGUUGGGGAAAGAGGAGAAAAGGGUUUCCGGGGAUUUAAGGGUGAAAAGGGGGAACCAGGGCAGCCAGGUCUGGACGGGCUGGAUGCCCCAUGCCAAUUGGGCCCUGAUGGAUUACCAAUGCCUGGAUGCUGGCAGAAGUGAUCACGCUAACCUGAAACGCAUGGAGUUUGUAAAUAAUGCUUCUUUUAUGGUAUUUAUAAUGUUUUAUUUUUCAAUGGAAGAGGUCUAUGCGUAUAAUGAUGCAAAAACAACAAGAAAAACAACAACCCUCAUGCUUCUACUCACAUCGCCGUGUGUUUGGAGCUUUUUAAGGCUGCCUGGAGCACCACAAGAGGGCGCUAGCUGGGGCUGGAUUUUUAGAAACAGGAAGUGGAAGGACUGACGCUCUGUGAUUUUGUUAGUUUUCUGUGUGUCGUCACGCUUUUUCAAAGACACAAGCAUGUUCCACAAAUGUGUUGUGUGCGCACACUGUCAUGGCUCCUACAGAGACAAACUAACAAAAAAAAGACAUUUAUUAUAAAUAUAAUUUUGGCUUUUCCUGAAUCUUCCCAAGGGAGUCACGCCAUGGCUGGUAGCCUGAAACGUCCCCCCCGCUCCCCCCAAAAAUGAAAGAUCGUUGCUUUAUCACGCCUGUAAAAGGCGUUGGCUGGCCUCUCCGCGCCCGGCUGCACUGAUAAAAGAAUCCAUGAGGGGUUUUCUUUUUUUUUUUAAGCUGGGACGGUGCCCCCCCCUCUGAGCCAGGGGGACGGUCUCCAUGGAGACGAGGCAGAAGGAUCUACUGAGAACGUGGAUGAUAGGAUGCAAUUAUGUUUAUUUGCCAAAGAGCGACAUAUCGUUUCUUUGUGUUUGUUUGUCAUGUGAUUUUUCUCACACCUGAUGGUCACCAUAUAGCUUCUUCGGCAUGAUGUUUGUUUGUUUUUUAACAUCCAGGGUCAAAAGUCAACCUGCAACAAACCACAUGCACUUGCACAUCAAAUUUAAGCUCUUGAUGCGUGUGUUCCAGCCCUGCAUUCAAUUUGUCACUUGAUAGUUAUCAUAUCACUAUGGUUUUUAGGGGGGAGGGAUUUUGAUUCCAGGGUCAAAAAUCAACUUGACUGGCAUGUCAAAUAAAAGCUCUUCGCGGAUGUUUUCCAGCGCUGUCAUGACACCAAACGGUAAUGCAGAAAACACAUGAAAUAUCAAGUGACAGGACAUUUUUUUUGUUGUUGUUUUGCGCUUAUUUGUUUAUAUUUUGUGUCUGAUAGCCAUUUGGUGCCUGAAGCUUUUAUUCAUUCCUUUACCAGAAAACUUUAUAUAUCACAUUUUCAUCAUUUAUCUUUGUUUGUUUAUUAGCUGUUUUAUUGUCAGUUGACUGCUUUUGUACAAGGGAAGCAAUGAUUAUAUGACAGUGGUUCUCAAACGUUUUACACCAAGUAGCGCCUAAAACAUUUCUUUUACCACCGUUUGUGCUACCUCCGCUUGCCAUCGUGGUUCAGCUUUCAAGAAGUGGCUUGUACUUGCAGAUUUUGGCUCGUGGUGAUUUUCAACUUCAGCAAAAAUAUCGGGUUAUUGUGUAAUUGUACAAUUAUUUGAUGCAUAUUGUAUGUAUAUAUUAUUCAAUAUCAUUUAAUUUCUGGUGUUCUUGGGUACCGCCAGCUGGAGCCUCGUGUACCACCAGUGGUACCCAUGCCGUAGUUUGAGAACCAGUGUUAUAUGUAGCAUAUUAACAGUACAGUGGCUCGUCAACAAACACAUUUUAGUGCAGUAUUAUUGUUUUUAAUUCGCUGCUAUGCAAUGUCUCUUCACAAAUCUGCACAGCGGUCUCACCAGUUGUUUUUCAAAUCAUUUCUUUGCAUAUAAGUGUUGUAUUUUAUAUGACAUAAUUUAUUUUUCUAUGAUUUAUUGGGUUGUAAGCGGCAUUCCUCUACGUCGUGUUGCCAUUUGUGUAGAAAAAAAAUUGAGGCUUUAAGGAGCAGUGGCUUAUUUCCGUGGACCAUUGCAGCGUUGGAGUGUCGCCAUGACAACACUUUUUUCUUGAGGGCGGCCUGAAUGUUGUCGUUGGGUCAGUCAGUGCCAUGUUUGUUUGUUUCCCUGGUUUGCAUUGAAUGUAGUUUGAUAUAUAUAUAGAUAUAAAUAUGUGUAUGUAUUGUGGAUGACUUCAUGUACUGUUGACAUAAGAAGUGCAAUUUUUAUUCACCAUUUUGUGUGUUUGUGUGUAGCAUCCAGCUGGAAGGUCACAUUUUUGUGUGAUUUCUGUGGCUCUGUUUCUUCAGUCGUGCUACCCCAAGUUUGAAUAUACCACUUUUAAAAGGCAAAUCAAAUACUCCUUUCCAUUAAUGACUUUUAGUGUGUUUUAUUGUCUUGGUCCUCACAAGGUGCUGUAUCGUUAGCAUGUGCAGCUAUUUUUUUUUUGUAGAUUUCAAUUCCCUGUUUUGUUUUGUUUUGGGGGUGUCCUUUUGUCGUUUUAAGUGCUAAAAUCUGGACAAUUACUUCAUGAUGGAAAAAAAAAUCCCUAAAAAAAAAAAGGGAAUGUAAGGCGACAUGUGUGUAUUUGUCCCCUCCCAAAAAACACUUCAAUUUGCUGAGAAUUUGUCGCAUGAGUUGAAAUCUUUUUGUAUUAUUUUUGAUUGUGGUUGAGUUUCUGUUCAUGCAUUUGUAUUGUUUUGGUUUUUUUACCCACUUGAUUGGCAUUUUCUUCAUUUCAAACUCUGUACAUUUAUAUGACUGUACUGUCAGAGCCAAAUAAACGGUCU